AUGGUGCGUAUCAAAAACCGAUAUCUCGUUUGUUUCGUUUCAAUUCAACCUCAAAACUCAAAUUCAUUUAUACCAGGUUAUCCUGGUUGUCAAAAGGAGGAUACGGUGGCAAUGCGCUUGAAUGAGUCUGAUCUAUCGAGUAUAAUCAAACAAAACAUCAUUCUUACACAUGGUUCACUUGGAGUUGGUAAAUGUAUGUCUCGUUUAAGAGUAAUUCACUGGUGUCCUGCUUCCGGUUUAUUGAUUAUACGUUGUCUUCGUAGCGUAUCUGUUUACAUCCAGGCAGCACUCUCUUUAGUUACCUACUUAGAUCUCAGUACUUAUAUACAACACCAAAAUAUCUGGUUUUACAUCAACUCCAUGGCCCAUCUCGUCGAAAUGUUGGUUGAGUAACAGAUUGUUCGGGCAAUUGAAUAUCAGUCGUACCGUUUGUAAAUGUAGUAUUAUUAAAGUAAUUAUUCGUUUAGAAUGGUCGGACUGCACUCUGAGUUAGAAAUAAUAACCAGUCCCGAGUUUCAGAAUAAAUCAGCAGGAAACUGUAAUGAUUAGCUACGACAACUCGCCUCAAAAAAGGAAUUAAAUUGAACUCUCGAUCGUCUUAUCUUUCCAAUCUAUUGAUAAGAAUUUUCUACUAAUUUAAUUUAUUUACUGACAUAUAUUGUAAGCAUGGAUAUAGUUAUGCUCUAAUGAAUACUCAAACACCUAUGUUUUGAUGUGCAGUGUCCCAGAUCUGAACGUGAUACACACCAACCGCCCGAAUCGGUCAACUGAACGAGAACGCAAGAGCAGAAGAGAAAGCUUAUUUAGCUACAGAAUCAUAUGCAUAAAUACUGAUCUAUGUAUAUAACCCCCUGUAGAAAAUGGAUCUAUAUCUUGACCAAUGACAUACGACAUUUCUGAUCAUCAAAUGGUGUCCCCAUUUGACCACCUCUGAUUCGCUCACGAUAUCGAUCCACACCUUUACAGUGAAGGAAAAAAAUACCGGCAAACGCUGUAUUAAAUUUCUUAAUUUUUAAUUGACAGAUCAUUCCCAAUUUGCAUAUGGACAUGUGAUAAAAUAAUUUUUAAAAUAGAAAACAUUUGGAUUGUAAGGUUUCUGUUGGUACAUUGAACUAAUAAUGCAGCUACUCAGUUCUUUUCAGCAAAAGCACUAAAUCAGUAUUACUAUUCUCUAUAAUGAUAAUAAAUUUGGAAACACA